GCCUUUCCCUCCUCCGACCCCUAUUCCUUUAUUUCGCGACAAACCAAUAGCCGACUAUGCUUCCUUCAAUAGCAUCUCCGUUGACCUUACUGCUUGCAGCAUCGUAUGCGCUCCCGAGCUUUGGACUAUACUUCUACAUCGACGGGAUCACGCCAAAGUGUUUUUUUGAGGAGCUGCCAAAGGACACUCUGGUUGUUGGUCAAUACACCGCCGAGGAAUAUAAUCCAAAUAUCCAAGCAUAUCACAACAACCCUCAACUUGCUAUUCAAAUCACUGUCGAUGAAACCUUCGACAAUGAUCACCGUGUUGUAAACCAGAAAGGAUCUUCCUCCGGGAGAUUCACCUUCACUGCUGGUGAUUCCGGCGAGCAUCGUCUUUGCUUCUGGGCUUCGCACGCUUCCAGUGGUGGCUGGUUUUCAAACCACCCGGAAGGUGUGAAACUUACUCUCGACUUAGCAAUCGGCGAGACCAGUGAAAUCGAGAGUAAAGACAAGGACAAGCUAGCAGAUAUUGUGCAGAGAGUCAAGGACCUGAACUCUAGGCUUCAAGAUAUUCGAAGAGAACAGGUUUUCCAAAGGGAACGUGAGGCUGAAUUCAGGGAUCAAUCCGAGUCCACCAACGCUCGUGUCGUCCGAUGGACAUUAAUCCAGCUUGCUCUCCUUGGUGUCACCUGCGCCUGGCAAUUAUCUCAUCUGAGGGCUUUUUUUAUCAAGCAAAAGCUCACCUAGCCCACCACCCCCACAGGAUGCCAUUGUCAUUUACUGCCUGUCACUUUUUCUUUCUUAUUCCCCGAAUGAUAUUAAAAUUACAAUUACAUUCUUGACUGCGGUGUAGGGAAGCGCUCAUGGAACUGUUUCGACUUUGUACUUUCUUGUAUUACAGUUUUCUUUGUCUCUUAUACAAUAAGCCUUUUCUUCUUUUCAUUUUUAUUUUUUUACCUUUGACGAGGAAAAGUGUCGCAAUCCACAACCUUUUUU